AAAGUUCAGUGUAGCGUAGAGGGUGCUUAGUUGCUCGAUGCUCGCUGCUGUUUGCAAUAUUCGUUCGGACCUGAUCAGAGCCACUGUAAAGGGACUGUCUUUCAAGGGAGGAUUGUAAUCAGGGGCGUGUUUUGUACAAGUUAAAGGGUUAUUGUCCUUAGUUUUGUGUUAAAUUUGCGUCUUUAACUUAUUUCUUUUUACUUUGUUCCAUGAUAUUUUGGAAAUUUCAAUUCGUAGUGUCAACAAAAACGGAGAGGAUUUUACAUCACACAUCCUCAAGUAAUCACUAAAAAGCGCGGCGUGGAGGGGGCUGGACCCCCCGCGGAGGGCGCAGUGCCCCCUAGUCCUGAAAUGGAAGACCCGGGCAAUAAACGGCAGGCUACCAGGGUAUUUAAGAAAAGCUCCCCAAAUGGAAAGAUUACGGUUUAUCUUGGGAAAAGAGACUUCGUCGAUCACAUUUCAAAUGUUGAUCCAAUUGAUGGGGUUGUCUUAAUAGACCCUGAUUAUGUGAAAGAGAGAAAAGUAUUCGGCCAUGUACUGGCUGCAUUUCGCUAUGGCCGUGAAGAUCUGGAUGUACUCGGAUUGACAUUCCGUAAGGAUCUGUACCUAGCUGCUGAGCAAAUAUUUCCUCAAGAGAGCACAUCCUCGAAAAGGCCUCUAACUAGGCUACAAGAACGACUCAUGAAGAAGCUAGGGCCAAACGCUUACCCGUUCUAUUUCGAGUUACCGCCGCAUUGCCCCGCGUCAGUGACGCUGCAGCCGGCUCCCGGAGACACCGGCAAGCCCUGCGGCGUCGACUAUGAGUUGAAAGCGUUUGUCGGCGAAACACAAGAUGACAAACCUCAUAAAAGGAAUUCUGUACGGCUUGCAAUUAGGAAAAUAAUGUAUGCUCCGAGCAAACAAGGAGAACAACCGUCUGUAGAAGUUAGUAAAGAAUUUAUGAUGAGUCCUAAUAAACUGCAUUUGGAAGCAUCUCUGGAUAAAGAGUUAUAUCAUCAUGGUGAGAGUAUUGCUGUCAACGUACACAUAGCGAAUAAUUCUAAUAGAACUGUUAAAAAAAUCAAAGUAUCAGUGAGGCAAUUCGCUGACAUAUGCCUAUUUUCAACAGCCCAGUAUAAGUGCACAGUAGCUGAAGCCGAAAGCGAAGAGGGUUGUCCUAUCGGCCCCGGAUUCACCUUGUCAAAAGUAUUCACUCUUACACCACUGCUGGCAAAUAACAAAGACAAGUGGGGCCUUGCUCUAGACGGACAAUUAAAACACGAGGAUACAAAUCUAGCAUCUAGCACAUUAGUUGCAGAUCCAUCUCAAAGAGAAAAUCUGGGAAUCAUAGUACAAUAUAAAGUUAAAGUGAAGCUCUGUCUAGGAGCAUUAGGAGGGGAUUUGGUGGCUGAACUGCCGUUCAUUCUGAUGCACCCGAAGCCGGAGGAGGAGUGUCUGCCCUCGCUGCCAGCAGCCAGCAGUGGCGAGGGUGCCGCCCCCGGAGGCGACAAUGUGCCUGUCGACACCAACCUCAUACAGUUGGAUGGUGACAGUAUACAAGGAUUGGGAGACAAUGAGGACGACAUAAUAUUUGAGGACUUUGCCCGACUGCGACUGCGCGCGGGGGAGAGCGAGGCCUGAGGGGGGAGAGGGGCUGCCCUCCGAGUCCUGCGUACCGACGUCUACAUCUCUUGCGAAUAAGGCCAACAACGCAACGCAUUCACUUUGAUUUACCUAUAUCAUUUAACCAACAAAACAAGUAAGCUGCAUUUCCAAAGAAGGCUCGUUUCUGAUAACAGUCAUUGAGAGCUAGUAGAUAUAUUUUCUACUUUUAUACAUUCCACAUGUUCGUAAGGUUUGUAAGAGAUAUCAGACAAGAGAUAUUACAAUAUUGAUAACGAAAUGACUAUUUCAUUUGCAUUUAUUAAUCAGUUGGAUACUUACCACCUGUGAAGAGUUUUCAUUUUAUUAGCAAAUGUGUAAAAUUUAUUGUAAAUGAUAUUAUAUUUUAUCAUCAAAUGAUAUUAAUAUGUACAAUGUGUAUAAAUUUUAAAAUGGAGUGAAUGUUACUGCAGUGCAGCAGUAGCUGUAUUUUUAAAGCGCACCAUCAUUUUUACAUUGUUGUUGAAGCAAUCUGUGAAAUUUAUAUUAUAUACAUUUUUAUAUAUAUUCAGCACAUGCGUUUUCAGUUUUCUCAUGUCCCGAAAAUAAAAGUGAUUUCUAUUUCCAAAUAUAUUAGACGGAAGAAAAUAGGCGAUUCUUAGUUGCAUUUAUUGUAAAAAGUUUGAAUGAAGAUGCAAAAACGUUGUAUUCAUUCAUCUAUUACUUGCUGGAAAAAUAUGAAAUGACUUUAUGUAAAUAGAAAUAAAAUCUGCUGAGAAAAAAUUAAUUUCUUCCAAAAUAAUGAAGAAAUUUACGUGAUACUAUAGAAAAUUAUAUUUUUUAGAAUCAAAUUAUUUAGAUGUACUUUUUUGCCACUUGUAGCCUAUUAUUCUUUUUGUUAUAACUUGAGUUUUUCUCAUACUUUUCUAUGAGACUGUAAAUUAUUGUUCUCAAGUUGGGUUUACACCAAAGUUAUUAACAAAAUGUUAAUAACUCAAUCCUUAUAGAUUCUAUCAAGCUGCGAUUACUCCGGAGUUAAUAACACAAGUUUUUAACAUUUUUGUUAUCAAAUGAUGUUAAUUACAAAAGUCAAUAACAUCAUGUUGAGUUGCGUUUACACCGGAGUUGAUAACAUGAAUUAUUAAUAAAAAGUUGUCAACUUGACUGAAUCGACAAAAAUUUCUCGUAACAAAAGUUUAUAUCUCGUGUUUCAACAGAAAAUUCCUUGUUAUCAACAAGAUAUAUGUUAUCCAUCGAGAGUCGGUAAAGAUCAAAGGAAAUGUGUUAUGUUAAUAACAAAAGCCUCUUUUAUCGCAUUAACUUUUGUUAAUAAAAGGUUACUAUCUUCCCCGCAACCCCCUCGCUCAGCAUCCCUACCCUACAACUACAGCUGUUCCCUAAUAACUACAGCUGCAGACGAAACACGUGACAAAGUUAAUAACUUUUGUUGAUAACAAAACUAGCAGACAAAAGAAAAUGUUAUUAACUUAUGUUGAAAACUUUUGUUUUAAACUCUGGUGUAAACACAUAAUUUAUUUACAUAGAUCAGAUGAAGAUCAUUAUGUUAAUGAUCACACCUGUUUCAAUUUAAAGUAUUUUGAAGACAAUUUUUUGCUUUUUAUUCCGGAUGUUAGGCCUAUAUCAUUAUGAAUACUCUCGUUAAAUGAAAUCAUAUGGAAGUCAAUUAUAUUGAUAACAAGAUCUUGUUAAUAACAAGGAAUUUUCUGUUAGAAACAUGAGUUAUUAACUUUUGUCAAGAGAAAGUUUUGACGAUUCAGUCAAGUUAAUAACUUUUUCUUAAUAACUCGUUUUACUAACUCCGGUGUAAACGCAGCUUAAAGCUGAAGAUUGAACAUAACUUAUCAAACACAUGAUGAACAUGUGUGUUUGUCAAGUUCCGUUCAAACUAAUAGAAUCUAUAAGGAUUAAGUUAUUAACAUUUUGUUAAUAACAAUGCUGUAAACCCAAGAGCUUCCUCUUUUCAAAUUCAAAUUCAAAUUUAUUCACUCGAAAUUCAUACAAAAUAUUAACAAAAGUAUAACACGACAAGUUACAAGUGAACAAUUUAUCUUGAACAUUAUAAUUAACAUUAUUUGAGUUGAUUAAAGAUUUUCAAAUAUGUUUCACUCAUUCCUACAAUAAGAAUCAAUAUUGUCUCAUAAUUCAUCAAUCAUCCAUUUUUAAUUAAUCAAUAUUAAUUUAUCAUCAUUCAUGUGAUGAUAUCAGAUGUAUUUUACUUGAUCAUACAGUAAAUUAAGAAGAACAAUUUUAUUAUUGAGUACUUCACCAGUAACAUAAUAUUUCAAGUAAUGUACUUUCAAUUAUAUAUGUACUAAUUUAUAUGUAUAAUUAAUAUAUGUAUUAAUUUAUUGAUGUACAUUACCAGUAACAUAAUAUUUCAAGUAAUGUACUUUCAAUUAUAAAUACCUAUUAACGGCAAAAUGCAUCCAUCCAUCUAUAUAUCUACCUUAUCUUAUAUCUACCAAAUCUUACUAAAAAUAUUCAGUAACUUGAUAUUAGUGAGUCAAGAAUCCUGAUAAGGAAAGCAUUCAUGAUGUUUAUAUGCCCUUAAGGGAUGUUUUUAGAAAACCUCCAGAUUAUAGAGGAGUUCAAUGCAACUAUCUUUUUGAAAUAAUGAAAUCUAUUCAAUCAAGUUCUGAGUACUCAUUCCUCACUCAACCUGUCGCGCUAUCAAUGGUUAUAAUAGUUGUUUUGUUUACACUGUUAUAAUUGUUUCCCAUAAAUUAAUUCUCAUGUCACAAAACUGAUGGUGAAGUAAUUUAUGAAAUGAAUGAGGUGAACUGCGUUUAAGAGCAAAUUACCCAUUUCGGCACAGAAGCUCUCAAUAGAAUGCAUUUGUCUUUUGGUUAGGACAAAAAUACUGAAAUGGUAAAAAGCAGAAAACAUUUUGUUCAUUUUAAGAAUUAUUGAUCAUUUCACAACGAUCAUUUCACUUUCCACAACGUUUAUCUGGUAUCAAUUCCAGAUUAAUGCUCUCUAUCCGAAAAUGUUUUGAGUUGAGCCGUUUCAAAAUGAUCCUCAUUUGAAAAGAGGAAAACAUGAGAAAACUGAAAAUAACCGUAUAUUAUUCAUAUUUUGUCUUUAUCAGUUCCUAAUAUUGUUGGAUAGAUGUAUCUAUUGGUGUGAUGUAUCAGUGUUUAACAAGCCAGAAAAAAUAAUCUAUCGAAUCAAUUAUAGUUGAAUAUAAGCAGUUCAACUUGUAAAAAUGUUGAAAGAUUGGUGGUUUCACUAAUGAAACUAAUUAAUUAUAUGUACUGUAUCUGUAUUUUAACACUGCUGUUUGUUUUUAAGCAUUCAACAUUGAAUUGUUUUUAUUGUGGCAAAUACUCAUACUUAUAUAAAUGUGUAAAAAUAUGUUAACAAUAUUGAUGUUUGAUAUUUGUUAAUAUUCAAGGAAAGCACGUACAAUAAUCAAUCUGCAUUUUAAAAUAUCCAAUCAAUAUUUCAUGUUUUAUCAUAACUGUGAGUACAUAAAUAUUAUGCCCUGUAUAAUAAAGGUCGUUAGUUUAUGUUUUUUAGUACCAAGCUUGUUUUGUCGGUAAACUUGUCUAAUUAUCAGUAAUAACAAUCCCAAUAUUUUAUUUUAUAUCUAUUUCUAUUGAGAUAAUUUUCUCUACCCGCAUUCAUAUUAAGCUGUUUAAGUUAUAUUCCUGUUAAAUCUACUGUGUAUCUAUAAUUAAGGUAUCAGUCUAUACUAGUUAACUAUUGUUUUUGGAAAAAGCAAUUGUCCUGAUAUUUUGAAAUUACCUCAUUAUAUUUAUUUUGAUUGAA